AGAGCAUAGAAGCUGGCCGAAACAAGGGACAAGAGAAAGAAAAAGCCAAAGAAGUGCAGGAUUAGUAGGAGACGGUACAUCAGGCACCCUGGGAGGAAGCCACAUAAAGAAGGAUGGAGGAAGAAAGCAGUGGGAAAACAUCUGUCCAGACAGAAAUAAUGACUGAAAACCUCAUUGAGGAAAAUACUGAGUCUAGACCUAUCCACACACCAGAUGAAAACAACAAGAUUGACAGUGGAGACCCUGAUGAGGAGAUUUCAGAGGAUCAAUGCAGAAGAAGUUCGGAGACACUGGCACAGGAAGCUAUGAUAACUGCAGAUACACAAGCCGAUGAGGACUACCUCCCAGAGACCCACCUGUCAAAGGUGGAUGACGUGAACCCCCCAUCAGUGUCACCUGAUCCCCCCACCACAAAGGAUGCCCCUUCUGAGCCAUGCUGGUAUUGUCUGAGGUCUCUUGAGGCUGAAUCUUUUCCCAAAGUUACGAAACAGGAGGAAAACUCUGAUCCUGAAUUACCUCUGCUCUCUAGUGGCCAGAAAAUAAACUACCAGACAGACCCUCGGCCUCACUUUGGUGUCGCCUGCUCCUCCCACUCUACAUGUCAGCCACUGUGGGGAAGCGAGGGGCCUAGCUGGGGACAAAGAACCCAGGAGGCUGAUCAGACAGACAUCUGUCCACACUGCCAUCUUGGCUUGACCCCUGACACCCUGCGCUGGCAUGAGGCAAAAUGUCUGCUGUUUGAGGAGCUGAGGAGUUCCAAGAAAGAAAAUUAAUCACUGUGAAAGAUCAAAUCAAUCUAAACAUUGCAUUUAAAUUUUAUUUCAGUAUCCAAACUUCUAAAUUAUUUGUGUAUUACAAAAUUCUUAGUCAUGUCUCAACUUAACUAAUGGUUAGAUAUGUUAUACCAUUAGUAUAGUAUAUUUCCACAUUUUGCAUUAAUUCAUUACUGUGGUACCAUCUUAAUCUCCAAGUGGACCAUUUAUCUAUAUAUGAUUGCAUUUAAAAUGUCAUAUUUAUAGAUAAUUUUACAUUACCUUAUAUAGAAGUGGUAGCUGCAUUUAAUUAGUCUGCUCUGGUUCCCAUGUUGCUCAUCACUUAUUCAGUAGUUUAUUUCCAUUUAUGUCCCUCCACUGUCAAAUUCUUGUUUCCUGCUGUGUCUGUACCAAUUUGCUUGUUACUGUCAUCCCUUGUUUAGCUUGUUAUCUUUAGCUACAUUCUCUAGUUCCUCGUCUCUUACAGAUUUUCUGAGCUUUUUAAUUAAUUUCCUGGACCUCACCUGAGACGCUGAGGGAAUGUGACUAAAUACAAAAAUGAACACAGGGAAGAAAAGGAUGUUACUAAAUGAAAAGGAAAAAAUUCUGUAGAAGGUAAAACUAUGAAGGUAAAAUGCAACUCAAUGAACAGAACACAAAAAUGAAAUGAGAAUACCUGUGAGUAAAAAACAAAAAUGAAAAUAAUCCCAACCAAAUUAUAUGAAAUCCAAAGGACUAAAAAGAAACACAAAGACCCACAGAACAUUACACUGUCAGAGAAUAAUAUUAAAUGUGUUUAUCAAUAUAUUAUAAAGACAAAAAAUAUUCCCUUUUCUUUGAAUUGAAAUCCUUUGCAACCAUUUUGUAUUCAAAUUCUUCUUGUGCAAAUAAAUGUUAAU